GGGCACGGCCCCCUUCUCCCGGCCGCCUCCUCCUCCUCCCCCCGCUGUGUUUGUGUAUGUGGAAUGCGGGUCAAGCGGAACUCACGGCAGAAACUGCGCUUCGCAACAAACUCAAACAAGCGGCUCGCCUCUGCCUGACGCGCUCCUAUCUGACAGCUGUGUAUCUCAUCCUCACCAUCAUUAUUGUGUGUUUUCUGUGAAGUGUGGAGCUGGGCAUACAGACGACAUGAAGAGGAGCAGGCACACCAGCAGCAGCGAGGACUCCGACAAUGGAAGUAAUUCAACCUGCUGGUCUCAACACUCGUCCCACCCGAGGAGGGGGACGGGACAGAAACCCUCCGAGGUUUUCAGGACUGACCUGAUCACCGCCAUGAAGGUGCACGACUCGUACCAGCUGAACCCGGAGGAGUACUACAUCCUGGCCGACCCGUGGAGGCAGGAGUGGGAGAAGGGGGUCCAGGUCCCCGUCAGCCCCCAGUCCAUCCCGCAGCCCGUGGCUCGGGCGCUGGGAGAAAAGGGGAAGGAGCUCAUGUUCAUCAGGCCAAAGAAGAUGAUCCGGACGUCGGGGGCCGAGGCGCUCGGCUACGUGGACAUCCGCACGCUGGCCGACGGCAUGUGUCGCUACGACCUGAACGAGGAGGACGUGGCCUGGCUGCAGAUCGUCAACCAGGAGUUCGCGGAGAUGGCCUUGCCGCCGCUGGACGAGAUCACCAUGGAGCGGGCGAUGGAGGAGUUCGAGUGCCGUUGCUACGACAACAUGACGCACGCCAUGGAGACGGAGGAGGGCCUGGGCAUCGAGUACGACGAGGACGUGGUGUGCGACGUGUGCCAGUCGCCCGACGGCGAGGACAACAACGAGAUGGUGUUCUGCGACAAGUGCAACAUCUGCGUGCAUCAGGCUUGCUACGGCAUCCAAAAAGUCCCGAAGGGCAGCUGGCUGUGCCGGAUCUGCGCUCUGGGAAUUCUGCCAAAGUGCCAGUUGUGUCCGAAGAAGGGCGGAGCCAUGAAGCCCACCCGGAGCGGGACCAAGUGGGUCCACGUCAGCUGUGCCUUGUGGAUCCCAGAGGUGAGCAUCGGGAACCCGGAGAAGAUGGAGCCCAUCACCAACGUGUCCCAGAUCCCCAGCAACCGAUGGGCUCUGAUCUGCUGCCUGUGCAAGGAGAAGACGGGAGCCUGCAUCCAGUGCUCGGCGAAGAACUGCCGGACUGCCUUCCACGUGACGUGCGGCCUCCACGCCGGCCUGGAGAUGAACACCAUCCUCACCGAGGACGACGAGGUCAAGUUCAAGUCGUACUGCCCCAAACACUCGGGCCUGGAGGGCGGCGAGGCCCGGGACCGAGAGUCCGGAGCGGAGGAGGAAAAGGAGGCCGCCAGAGACAGGAAGUGCAGGAGGAGAGGCCUGGUGAGGGCGGAGGAGGAGGACGAGGCGGCGUCCUCCUCCUCCUCCUCCUUCUCCUGCGCCGCUCCGCCGCUGCCGGACAGAACGGCCGCCGACGCCGAGACGCUGAGCAGCCGCCAGCAGGAGAAGCGGGUCAACCUCCGCAAGAUGAAGCUGCAGGAGAUGGAGGAGGAGUUCUUCCAGUUCGUGGAGGUGGAGGAGGUGGCGGCGCAGCUCAAGCUGCCGCCGGAGGUGGUGGACUUCGUCUUCCAGUACUGGAAGCUCAAACGCAAAGCCAACUUCAACCAGCCGCUGCUCACGCCCAAGAAGGACGAGGAGGAGAGCCUGGCCCGCCGCGAGCAGGAGGUGCUGCUGCGCCGCCUGCAGCUCUUCACGCACCUCCGCCAGGACCUGGAGAGGGUGAGGAAUCUGACCUACAUGGUGACCCGCAGGGAGAAGAUGAAGCGCUCGCUGUGGAGAGUCCAGGAGCAGAUCUUCCAGCACCAGGUCCGCCUGGUGGACCAGCAGCUGCUCAGCGACGAUCCGUCCUCGAAGGACCUGGAGGAGUUCUUCUCUCUCGGCUGGCUCUCCUCUCCUUCUCCGUCUUCUCAGACCAAACGAGGUUCGAAGCAGGAGAAGAGGAGGAGCGGCGAGAGGAGUCGUCUGCCGGAAACUCCCAGCAUGCCUCUGGAGAGCAGGGACAGCAGGAGCUCCCGACCCAAAGAGGCGGGGCUUGCAGAGGCCUCGCCCACCGCCCUCCACUCCGCCGUCAGCCUGGAGCCGGACGGCAGGAAAACCCCGCGGCAGACGGUGGCGGCGGCGGGGGCGGGGCCCGAGCAGGAGGCGAGGAGGCGGCGGGAGGACGAGGCGGAGCUGGAGGAGCGGCGCCGCAAGAGGAGGAGCGAGCUGACGGAGCGCAGCGCCUUCAGACAGCUGGAGAAGACGGUCUCCAUCCGCCUGGUCGACAUCCGCAACUCCGACUCCGACGACUACUUCAUCGACGAGGGCGGGACCAGGCGAGGCCCCGCCCCCUCCAACGCCAAGCCGCACCGGGCCGCCGUGUCGGACGCCAAAGCCAACGGCUGGCUGCGCAGGACGCCGGCCAACGGCGCGCACGGCCCGGCGGGGCAGCUGAAGAGCUGGGGCAAGUUCCGCAUCCCCAAGAAGGGCGAGAAGCCUUCCACCAGGGGGCCGGACCAGGAGGAGGGGGCGGAGCCUCGCAAGCCUCUGCUCCGCCCGCUCACCGACACGCCCGAGCCGUCGGCCUACCCGAGGACUCGACUCCGCACGGGCGCGGAGAACGAGGAGUUCUCCUCGUCCUCGUCCUCCCGAGGCGGCGGCGGCGACGGCGAGCUGGAGCCCUGCCUGAAGCGCUGCCACUCCCACCAGCUGCGGGGCGACGCCCCCCUGGGCCGCCGCUACGGCUCCGACAUCAUCCGCAGGGGCGUGCUGGCUUCCUGAUGGCGGAGGGGAGGAGCGGCGGCGAGGGGGAGGAGGAGCAGGGAGGCGGCGGCGUGAAACCCAGAAUGAAGUCAGAAUGUCAGGAAACAAAGUUCCUCUAAAAUAUUUCGACUUUUCUUUUUUUUUUUUUCUUUUUCUCUUAUAAAA